AAAAGUUUAGAUUUUUCUUUGUUUUGCAGAGUGAUCUCGAAAGGAAGAUCACUGCAGCUCCACUGACCAAAGAGGAACUUGGUAGGGCUACUUGGACACUUCUGCACACGGUUGCAGCCCAGUUUCCUGACAGUCCUACUAGGCAACAAAAGAGGGAUGUAAGAGAACUGAUGGCUAUAUUGUCUCGAAUUUACCCAUGCAAAGAAUGUGCAGAUCAUUUCAAGGAAGUUCUGAAGUAAGAACCAUUACAUUAUGGCCAUUUUUCUCCAAGCUACAUCCAAAAUUCCAUAUU